AUGUUGAUUCUUCUUUUCUUCCUUCUUCUUAUACUACUAUUAUCUUUUUUCUUCUUCUUCUUUUCUUCUUCUUCUUCUUCUUCUUCUUCUUCUUCUUCUUUCUUCUUUCUUCUUCUUCUUCUUCUUCUUCUUCUUCUUCGAAGUUACUUCGUUUUCCUUCUAUCCUUCUUUUCUACUCUUUUUUUUUUCUCCGAACCCUUUUGUUUAUUUCUAUUUCAUUCUUUAUUCUUCAUCCUUUUUCUUCUUCUUCUUAUCUUCCUACGCGUUUCUUCUUCGCAUCCUUCCUUCUUUUUUGUCCUUACUACAUAUUCUUCUCUUUCAUAUCUGCUGCUAUUCUUUUUCAUCAACCCUCGUUAUCAUUUCUUUCUCAACGGCCUCGUUUUCAUUUCCUUCCCAAUAGCCUCGUUUUCAUUUCUUUAUUUAAUCACCUUCUACGUCAAUUUACGCACUUCAUUUCUGUGUUCGCCUACCUUUUUCAUUCUAUUAAGCGUUGAUUUUUUUUCUCUUUCUUCUUCUCAUCAUUGUCUAACUUGUCCUCCCACUCUUUUUUCUUCUUUCUUUCUUUUCGGUCACAUCUUUUUUCACCUUUCCCCACUUCGACUUCCUCUACACAUUUUACGUCGCCCACUCUCACCGCCACGUCGGCAUCACGGGGAUGGUUGGAGAUCUAUCAAUCGAACUACUUAUCUAAAUCAGUCUAAUUAUAUCUAUCUAUCUAUCUAUCUAUCUAUCUAUCUAUCUAUCUAUCUAUCUCAAUUUUUUCAUAUCUAUCUAUGUAUCUAUCAAUCUAUCUAUUCAGAUCAUAUCUAUCUCAGUCUGUUCAUUAUCUAUCUAUCUAUCUAUCUAUCUAUCUAUCUAUAUAUAUAUAUAUAUAUAUAUAUAUAUAUAUCUAUUAAUAUCUAUGUGUUCAUAGUUAUCUAUCUAUCUAUCUAUCUAUCUAUCUAUCUAUCUAUCUAUCUAUCUAUCUCAAUCAGUUCAUAUCUAUCUAUUCUAUCUAUCUAUCUAUCUAUCUAUCUAUCUAUCUCAUCAUUAUCUAUGUAUCUAUCUAUCUAUCUAUCUAUCUAUCUAUCUAUCUAUAUAUAUAUAUAUAUUAAUAUCUGUGACUUCAUAGUUAUCUAUCUAUCUAUCUAUCUAUCUAUCUAUCUAUCUAUCUAUCUAUCUCAAUCAUAUAUUCAUAUCUAUCUAUCUUCUAUUAUCUAUCUAUAUAUAUAUAUAUAUAUAUAUCUAUUAAUAUCUAUGUGUGUUCAUAUUUAUCUAUCUAUCUAUCUAUCUAUCUAUCUAUCUAUCUAUCUAUCUAUAUAUAUAUCUAUCUAUUAA